CGUGACUAUUUUCGGUUUUUUGAGUAGAUAUUAUUUUCGUAAAAAGAUCACGAUGGGACGGAUGAAGCUGUAUGCUGCGCUGGCGGCGCUGAGAGUGGCGGGCAGCGUGCUGUUGCUGGGCAUGGUGCACCCGGACGAGUUCUUUCAGAGCCAGGAGGUCAUGGCACGGCAUUUCUUACCCGAAGACUCGGUUUUACGCCGCGAAUUGUUCGUGCCCUGGGAAUUCCAACUGCCGAAUCCCAACCGCUCCGUCCUGUUUCCGUAAGAUUCACAAUUUUCCUAUUUAUUUUAUCAAAAUAAUAUCUUGAUAUAUUUUACAUUUUGUAGUGCGCUGGCGGCAAGGCUGCCGUACAAAAUCAUGGAGCUACUGGGAAUAAAGCUGACGGGGUGGCUGAUGCUGGUCACGCCGAGACUGUUGCUGUGUCUGCUGUCAUUUAUCGUUGACGCUGUUUUGUACCAAGUCGUGGGGAAAUUAAGUCGACACCAGAAAGUGGAGAUUCAACGAGAGAAACAGGAAAAAGCGCUGCUGUUAUUUGCCAGUUCGUGGCCGACGCUGGUAUUUUUGGUCCGACCUUUUUCCAACACGUUCGAGACGCUAAUUCUCGCUCUGUGUUUCGCUGUGUUAUUUCUCGUUAAUCCGCAUCGACGUGUUUUGUGCGGAUUAAUGCACGUCCAAACAUUUCUUCUUGGGAGUUUAUUGGCGAUUGGAUUCUUUACGCGGUUUACGUUUCCAGUUUUCUUCUUCCCACUUGGAGUGGAACUUGUGCGUCAACAAGACGCUCUGGUGGUUGUAGCAGCACGGAAGAAGGACGUUUCGAUGUCGCCUUCUAUUGCACGUCGCUUAGCAGCAACAAUUGCUGUAGCGAUGCAAGGGUUCGUUGCGUUCGUGGUUUGGUCAGCGUUGCUUAUUUUCGUGGAUACGCUGUAUUUUCGUCCGGAACUUUUUGAAGGUGAAUUAGACCGAAUUUUUCUGGAGAAAAUUGCUGCAAAUGCUGUGAUAGCGCCUCUGAAUAAUCUUCUAUACAACGUCCAAUACGACAACUUGGAGCUACACGGUGUACAUCCCCGGCUCACUCAUCUGACUGUCAAUAUGCCGAUGCUGUUUGGUCCAGUGUUUCUCGUCUUCCUGGUGAAGUUUUUCCGGUAUCCUGACCACUCGUUCUUCGGUAGUGCGUGUGUGUUUUUCCCGUUGCUUUGCUUGUCACUAGCUCCGCACCAAGAGCCAAGAUUUUUGCUGCCUGCUAUCGUACCGUUGCACUUGUUCACAGCUCUGCGUGGCAGAAUUGGGAUUGUUCGUUUCCUGACAAAGAACAGACUGGGGAAACUAGUGUGGAUUGUUCUUAACGUUGUUUUAACGCUGUUCUUCGGUGUUUUACACCAAGGAGGAGUCGUACCGAUGCUCCUAUCACUGUCUUCUUUCGCUUCGAAUCCAGUGGAGAAUAUCUCGACCACUUGGCUGCCAUCGUAUUGUAAUUUUGACGGAAUGGACAAUAUUUCUUUGGGGAUGGUUGGUACAGUGUCAUUGGUAUUUGCCAAGACGUACAUGCCGCCUCGCUUUCUACUUAGUGGGAUGACUGUAAAGUCUUCAUUUCAAGUGGUUGAUGUGGCUGGCAACUCUGCUGCUGGUCUGUCAGAGUUGCUGGGUUUAGACGUGCCAGUAUCUGCAGCAUUCUUAGUGUUACCAGCAAGCGUCGAGGUCAGGGAUGUUGUACCUUUUUCUUCUGGUUUGAGCACAUCAAAGUUGGGACGUUGUUUUCCUCACAUUUCAACUGAAGAUCUCUCAUUUGAACAAUUUUCGCUGGAUUUAUACUUGGUACAACGGACUCCAGGGGAGGCUUUGUAAGGAGUCAUCAUGUUACUAAACUAUUGCGAGGGAAUUAACAGGAAACGUUAACUCACAUAUCCUACAAGAACCAGCUACAUUUAUUUAGCUGAAUCGGCCUCUUUUUCUCUAAGAGCGUUGGGAAAAAAAGUAGCACGAAAGACAAUAACUUUUUUUGUAAAGGUUUUUGGAAUGCUUUAGAAUUACUUAGAAGUGCUACGCAAAAAUUGCCAAAGAUUGCCUAGUACAUCUAAGAAAUUGAUCAGUACUCAAGUUUAUAGUCAAGUUGACAGGGUU